GUCCGCAUCGAUGCUACCUACGACAUCCAGUUCUGGUUGAAAGCCCUCGAGGAAAAUUUCUCCCAACUGCCAUCCUGCUCAGUGCCUCUGAUGGCUGGUCAUCUCCUCAAAAUCUCCUCUCUGGCCACAGCAGUGUUCGCCACAUCUGGGUUUUACCUCUACGGCCGACAGCUGGACCUCAAUGACUUGAGUGUCAUUCGCUUUGGCCGUGCUGCAGCCACUACGGCGAUCAUCAGCUAUGACUAUCUGACUGCUUUCAGACAUGUGGAAUACGGCACAGAAGACUACUGGGCCCUCAAGUCCAAGGUGCAUCUAAGGUCAGCAGAACGUCUUCGAGAAUUGUGCUGUGCCAACAGGGGUACUUUCAUCAAGGUAGGCCAGCACCUUGGUGCUCUGGACUACCUGCUGCCUGAGGAGUACACAUCUACAUUGAAGGUACUCCACAGCCGAGCUCCUCAGAGCAGCAUGGAGGAGAUUCAGCAGGUCAUCAGAGAAGACCUCGGCAAGGAGCUGUCAGAGUUAUUUGUCACCUUUGAGGAGAAGCCUCAGGGUGCAGCCUCCUUAGCCCAGGUCCACAAGGCUGUGCUGCACGAUGGGAGGACAGUGGCCAUCAAGGUCCAACACCCCAAAGUCCAGAGACAGAGCUCCAAAGACAUAGUGGUGAUGGAGGUACUGUUGAGGGCGGUCCAUUGGCUCUUCCCAGACUUUGCUUUCAUGUGGUUGGUGGAAGAGGCAAAGAAGAACAUGCCAUUAGAGCUGGACUUCCUUAAUGAAGGACAAAAUGCUGAGAGGAUGGCCAACAUGCUUGCCCACUUCCCCUUUCUCAAGGUUCCCAUGAUCCACUGGGAUCUGUCCACAAAGAGGAUCCUGACCAUGGAGUUUGUUGAGGGGGGGCAGGUCAAUGAAAGGGACUACAUGAAGAAACACGGCAUCAAUGUCAACGAGAUCUCAGAGAACCUGGGUAAGAUGUACAGUGAAAUGAUCUUUGUCCAUGGCUUUGUUCAUUGUGACCCGCACCCAGGCAACGUGUUGGUUCGAAAGUGUACCCAGAGCAAUAAGACUGAGAUCAUCCUUCUUGAUCACGGCCUUUAUCAGGUCCUGCAGCCAGAAUUUCGGUUGGACUACUGUCGGCUGUGGCAGGCUCUGAUUAAUGGUGACAUGUCCGGGGUAAAGCGUUACAGCCUCAGACUGGGUGCUGGAGAUCUGUACCCAUUGUUCGCCUGCGUGCUCACUGCUCGCUCCUGGACUGCCAUCAAUGCUGGCAUCAGCUCUGUGCCUGUCACAAACUCUGAGGACGUUGAGAUACGAACCAAUGCAGCCCUAUACCUGCCCCAGAUCAGCGAGCUGUUGAAUCGUGUGCCCCGACAGAUGCUAUUGCUGCUUAAAACCAAUGACCUGCUAAGGGGCAUUGAGACCACCCUACAGACCAGAGCCUCCUCCUCGUCUUUCAUCAACAUGUCCCGCUGCUGCAUACGUGCCAUGGCCAGGCACAAGAGAAGUAAGACUCAAUCCAGGAGGAGGCGUCUACAGAUCACACUGGCAGAGUCUCUCAGCCUGUGGAGACUCACCAUGUACGAACUGUUUCUGAGGGUGAAGGGCUCCACGUUGGGAAACUGGCUCACUGCUCUGCUGGCAUUUCUGGCCUAAGAUAUAUCUGGACAUCCCACUAGGACAUUAACAAAAGGCUGUUACUUUUGGCACAAAAGGGGUUUAAAAGACAGUCCAUGUUAACACAUUUUGAAUAUGUGUUUAUACAGUCACACACACACAAAUUCUUAUUUUUGUUAACAAUAAAAUUUGUUAUUCCAUGGACACAUACAAGAAAACAACAUGCUGAUGUCCUUGGACACCACACUGUGGCUGUUGAUAAUCACAACUUUUAUUAUUCAGUCCUCAGUGUUGACUUUUUUCUAAAUUGUAUGUCAUAUACUCAAGAUGAUUUUUUUUCUUCAUUCUUAUUUAAUUUAAGGCCAUUAUUGCACAAAGACUUUAUUCACAAACUUUAAAUUGUCUGGAAUCAUCAUCUCAUUUAUGGGAUACUGUAACCUGUGUUCACUGACUGUGUCUGACAACCUGUGCUUUAGCUGGAGAUGCUGCAGAGAAAUACUGAGUGAAUGGAUAAAUGGUAGGUUGUCAUAAAAUAGUUCAACCACAUCUCUGUUUGAGUAGAGGUCAGAUUAGUCCAUACUCCAGCUCUGCACCUAUCCAUCUCCUUAUCUCACUUUCAGAAUAAAAAACAACAUAAGCAUAUUUUCCAAAAUAAUGAACUUCCUUGCAGUCAUAACCCUUGGGAGACCUUGUUUGAUAUCCCAAAAUAUUAUGAUGUGGGGACACAACAUGGUUUAGAUACCACCAUCUUAUAUGAAGUUAUUAAGGCAUUGUAUUAUUACGUAAGAUAUCUGUCAGAUUAGAAAUUUAAUUGUCAUGGUCUUAAAAUAAUCAAAUCUCAGUUAAAUUAUCAUGUGUAUCCUUUUAGACAGGGCUAUAGAUCUCAAACACUUGACAGCUUUGUAUUAUCUUAAACAUAAUGGCAUACAGACAGCCCUAAAUACCAUCAAACAAUCAAUUCCAGCACAUAAAAGACAGUGAUGCAGUGGUGGAGAUUGAUACAAGCAGGUGGAGAGAGAAAGAGGAGUUAACGAGCAGCAAUAUAGUGCAUCAGUUAGUAACACAGCCAGGCUGGUAAGUAAGUAAUACACUGAGACAGGUAUACAGAGUGCACUGUUAAGCAUGCCAUAGGUGCAGGUAGUCACAGGAUGUGAUUCACUUUCAUUUUUACCUUGUGACCGAAGAGAGGCACACUAUGUAAAAACAACAUGAUGGCGGCUGCCAGAUACUACCCUCAUAUGAAGUAAAAUUCUGUUAAAUAUGGGGCAAAUUUUGAGUAUUAGUCACUGUAGAGGUGAUCUUAAGUGAUCCUGCCUGGAUGAUGUUGGACUCAACAAAAUACCUCAGAAUGAAGUUUGCAUCAAGUCAGAAUUUGGGGAUGCAGAAUACAAUUAAUACUUGAAUAGAUUAAGACUCUUUGUAUUACUGUCAUGUUAGUAGUAUGUGUUAUUUACUGAGGCCUUGUCACUCAGAUCAGAGAUGUUUAUUCCUUCAGCUUUUACAUUCCUGCUGAUCAUUUUUUGCUUCCCAUUCAGGCAACUUAACACCACCUUUAUAGCUCUAUAGAAAAGAUUUUUACUCUCUGGCUAAGUCCCUUAUUUUAUUUUAUUUUAUUUUAUUUUAUUUUAUUUUAUUUUAUUUUAUUUUAUUUUAUUUUGUUAUUUCAGAAAGAGGCUAAAAUUCUGUGUUUCCCCUUCCCUUUUCCCCUAUAACACUAUUGAAAUUCAAAUAAACACAAGUUUGUGCUCUAGAAAAGGAUCAGCACUGAGUGAAUACCCUCCUAAGCCCUAUGAUAAGCUAUUAUGGCAAGGCUUAACAAUACAGACCAGUGAGGUCUCUCUCUCUUGGUCCCACGACACCUCCAGGAGGCUAGACAGUGAUCUCUGGCAUCCCAGAGACACUCCCCUAAUGCCAGGUCUCACUGCUCUCCACACCAACCCAAUAACACUUACAGGAUCAGCAAACACACUCACCUUGCAGCAUGGUCUCAAACAAAAGGGAUUCAAAUAGGCCACUCCCACACUUAAAUAACCUUCCUCUUCCUGGAUUUCCUCCUUACUUACACAUGGCUUUCUCAGCCCAAACAGCACUGCCACCUUCAACCAAACCCAGGCUCCGUACCUGCGAGCUCCAGGUAGAAACAGGGCUGAUACUACCUUUCCUAGCACAUUCACCAUACUCUAUUUCACACGCUACAUAGCAUAACUACAAUAUAAGCUAAAGUUAAAGGAGCUAAAUGAACUUACAGGAUCAGCAAGCACACUCACCUUGCCGCAUGGCCUCAAACAAAAUGGAUUCAAAUAGGCCACUCCCACACUUAAAUACUUCCUCUUCCUGGAUUUCCUCCUGAGAGGAAGUGGAUCUCUCCACCUGAUCUCAAGGAGUUAUGUGCCCUGUUUAGUAGUUCCCCCUGCUGGCCCCCAACUGACAUUAUUUCUUCUCUUAUAGAUAAACUGGCUACAUUUAAUUGCUUCAUCUGACAUUUCCCUCACUGUCUUCCUCAAACUCUGUCCCCGCACUCCGAGUUCCCCCAGGAGCGAGACAGCUGAUCUUGCUAUGAAUCCCCUACACCCCACUUCCACUGGACAAAUCCUAGUCUUCCAUCCUCGCUGCUCAGCUUCUGCUCCUAAGUCUGCAUAUCUAAGCUUUUUUCUUUCAUAGGCUUCUUCCACUGAGUCUUCCCAAGGAACUGUCAGCUCAAUGAAAUAAACUAUCCGUUGACUCACUGACCACAACACUAUGUCAGGCCUCUGCUUGGUACAAACUAUUUCCUGGGGAACAACAAGCUUUCCCCCUAAAUCUACUUGCAUUUCCCAAUCACAAGCACCUUCUAGGUGGCCACACCCUUGCCUCCUCACUAACUUAUCUCUUCUGUAUUUCUCUCCCUGACGGACAAACUGAAUUGCUAAACUCCUAUCCUUAACACCUUCUGAAUUCACCUGUCUUCGUUUCCCUUCGAUUCCUGCAGCUAAACAUUUCAACACCUGGUUAUGUCGCCAUGUAUAUCGGCCUUGUGAUAAGAUAACUUUACAGCCUGACAAAAUAUGCUUUAAGGUUGCGGUACCUGAACACAAUGGGCAUGAUGGGUCCUCAUUUACCCAAAGUUUUAGGUUCUGGGGGGUUGGUAACACAUCGUAUGUAGCCAGGAAUCUAAUACGAUUCUCCUCCAUACUCCACAGGUCCCUCCAACUAAGCUUCCUCUUCUCUACACUUUCCCAAUUCAACCACUGUCCCUGUACCUUUGCACCCCUUACUAUCUCCUCCUGUCUGCGUAUCUGUUCCACAACCAGUUUUCUUUUAUCUUUGAGACCUGCUGUAUUCCAUAGCGGUUUACCUGAGCCAAGCCCCAGGCCUCCCCGGCCAAACUGAACAUUACCUACAAUCUCUGCAUGUCUAAGAGCUGCCUCUGCCUCCUGAACUGCCGAUCUUGGGUUCCACUUCCUCCCCUUGGUUGGAUUUGGAACCACACUCCUAAGUACCACGUCCUUACUCCCAGAUAACAAGAGCUAUGUCCUGACCUUGGUACAUUUAAAUUCCUCUGUUAAACUAGAUACUGGCAGCUGAAGUAUCCCUUUUCC